AUGGGUCCCGAACAACAGAAUUCCGGGCUCCCCAUGGAGCACUCGAGAAAAAACGCCUCGGUCAGCGGUGGCGACGCCGACGCCAGGCAAGAGGCCGAGUCGCAAAGACAACCGCAACAGAAUGAGGAUGACGAGAUGACAGCCUCGCAACUAUCGCCGCGACGAUGCGACGCUGCCCAACCGGCCCUCCAGUCCGUCUCUGGACCCUCCCCCACAUCCACACCGACACCGACCACCCCCGCCCCCAGCAAGAUGAUCAGUGGCGGCAACGGCAGCAGCAGCACACAUCACCACCACCACCACCACCACCACCACAGGACCAUGAGCAGCAGCGGUAGCGUACCUCAUUCUGCGCGCAUGUCCCUGGAUCCUCCCAUCACCAAGAGUACCUUGAGCGAGCUCGACCUCUCCAAGAUCAUCCACAACCACAAGCUGCGCCACGACAUCAACUUCAACCCUGAGCUCCAUUUCCGCCCUAAUGUUGAGGGCGGCAAGAACCGUCGCAAGCAGCAGCGGUCUGACUCGUUCUGGCGCACGCUGCGCAACCAGCUAGAGACCUUCAUCACGAAUCCCGAGGCCUUUUCCGCCCAGGUGGGUGACGCCGAGGGGUGGUGCCUACCGGUGCUGCUCAAGACGGCCAAGGAGAUUCUCGAGACGCUCGUGCCGCAGCGCGACCGCCAGUUUCUGGACGAUGGCCUCAACGUGCCCCUACUGAUGCAGCAGUUCUACAAGGGAGUGCUAGAUCUGGAGAAGCUGGCCGAGUGGCUAUCGGGGGUGCUCAAGUCGCACUGCGCGCCCAUGCGCGACGAGGAGGUCGAGAACAUGCUCAGCCUGAUCAAGACGGGUAAUCAGGAGAGCAACCUAGACAAGCUGGUCAUGGGCCUGCGCGAGCUGCUCAACGUGCUGGAACACAUGAAGCUCGACGUGGCCAACCACCAGAUCCGCUGCUGGCGACCGAUCCUGAUUCAGGACACGGUGCACUUUGAGCAGCGCUUCCUCAGCCGUAAGGUCGAGUCGGGCCGCAUGACGAUUGACGCGUCGAGACGGUGGUACGGCCGCGCCAAGAUUGAGUUCGGCCACCUCCCCCCGCGGGGCUUCGGCGACAUGUCGGUCCUGUUCGAGGCCCUCUCGCGCCUCAUCCAGCCGUCCUCGGCCGGCACCAUGCUGCCCGAGACGCUACAGAACGACCACGAGCGCCUGAUGAAGCUCCGUAUGGACAUGCUCGACACCGUCAAUCUGGACAUCUGCAUGCGCCUGUACCACGACCUCGAGAGCCUCUCCCGCUCCGUCAGCCCCUCGGCCGCCGCCGCCUCCUGGCUCAACAGCAACAGCAACGGCAGCGGCAGCGGCAGCGGCAGCAGCAGCGGCAGCGAUAUGGACGACGACGACAGCCAUUCGUCCCGGACGCUCAGCUUCAACAACGUGUCGUCUGCGCCCAACUCGCGCCCUUCGAGCCUGGUGCUGAGCUGCUGCUCCGGGUCCGACACGUCGCCGUCGCCGCGCACGUCGAUAGUGGUGGGGGCCACGCCGGCGGCGCCGACCUCGGUGCCGUCGUACCUCCUGGCGACGGAUCCGGCCGAGCGGACCAACAAGGCCAGCAGCCUGUACGCCUCGCUCGUCGACCUCCUGUACACCGCCGCCCCGGCGGCCGACCAGGCUGAGCGCUGGGCCGCCGUGGCGCCCGCCAUGGCCGUCCAGAUCUUCCGCUACACCGACGCACCGUCGGACAUGCUCCCGUUCCUGGAGGAGAAGUUGGCGGCCUCGCUGUGCCAGGUGCACUCGGAACCCUUCCUGCAGGCCCAGCAGACGCUGCAGGCCCGCCUGGUCGACCAGCUGAGCGCCCGCGUACGCGAGUUCAAGGGCCUGUCGGGACUGGGCCUCUUCACCGCCGUGUCGGAGCGCAGGCUUCGUCCCGGGUCCCAGAACCCGAGGGACUUUUACGAGUGUCUGCGCGAGGGCCACGACGAGGCCGCCGUCGACGACAUGGUCACCCGGUUGGCUCAUGUGGGCAUUCUGCACUGGAGGGUGUGGGCAGGUCUUGCGUAUGAGUGA